ACGAAGGAGACAAAGAUGGAGACUCUCAAGAAUGGAAGCAUGUGAAUGUGUGGGGACCUGACGAUAAGCUCAUUUGGGAGUAGGCUACAGUUUGUUUGGAUCAGGAUAAAACUGAACUGAAUUCCCAGUGACCUUGUCAUGCAAUCGGUGGCCCAGUACGGGAGGAUCGUAGCUCGUGCUAUAGCCGCUGGAAUCCACAACGAGUUUCAAGUCAAGACACCCUUCGACAAACCAAAAGAGCCCUUGCAUUUUGUAACUGGGGCGUCAGGAUUUUCGAAGUCCGUCACCAAAACAAGCAAUCUCGGCAAUAAAUGGACGUUCGGUGACGAUGCUUAUUUCAUCAGUAGAAACAAAGUGGCAGAUGUCAUCGGCGUAGCCGAUGGGGUAGGAGGAUGGAGAAACUAUGGUGUAGAUCCUUCAACCUUCCCUCGCACCUUAAUGUUGGCGUGUGAGCGCAUGGUGCGAGAGGGACACUUUGCCCCCCAGUCACCUGGCAACAUCAUCGCUGCUGGUUACAGCGAAAUGCUGGAGCAGAAAGUGCCAACAAUAGGCAGCAGUACAGCUUGCAUAGUGUCACUUCACCGAGAAGAGAGGACCAUCUAUGCAGCUAAUCUUGGCGACAGCGGCUUCCUUCUGAUACGGGACGGGGAGGUGGUCCACCGGUCCAUAGAACAACAGCACUACUUCAACACGCCUUAUCAGCUGGCUGUGGCUCCUCCGUCUAGAGAUGGACAUUGGCUCAGUGAUAGUCCCGAUAUGGCAGAGGCUUCUUCCUUCAAGGUAGAAGAUGGAGACAUCUUGAUGCUAGCAACAGAUGGCCUAUUCGACAAUCUCAGUGAGGAUAUGAUUGUUAGACAACUCGGUGCUCUACAUGAACAUAAGGAAGAGGAGAGAAUACAGCAUGCAGCUAGCAACAUUGCUGAAAACGCCUACCAGCUUUCAUUAGACCCUGACUACAUGUCCCCCUUCGCUAUAUCUGCCAAUGAUAUCGGUAUUGAUUUGAGAGGAGGCAAACCAGAUGACAUCACGUGUAUAGUGGCCCGCGUGACCCACCAGUCCGACAUCUACCUGUGAUGACAUUGUGCUACUGAGAGCGACAGAGCUGAAGUCUGUGAGUGCUGAUGGACAGUUGGCAAAAGCUACAUAACUUUGAGACAGGGCAGAACUUGACGAUGCCUUAUUGAGUGACUGGUCUGAUGUGAAAGAAUGGGGAUAAGAAGUGGCAGUUGGUAAAAGUAAAGAAAAGUAAUGUAGUGCCCUCUCUCAUCUUGCACAGCAUUUGAGCUCACAGUUGUGGUCAAAGGUCAUGUCUCUCUGGAACCGGAAACAGUUCGCUGUGAUUGCCAUGAGGCGUGAAGAUGUUGGGAGCUUUACUUUACUUUUAUCAAUUUUUAAGUGAACAGAGCUUUUCUUACGGUAUGGAAGCGGUUGCUGAAUGGGAGAUCGUGUACGAGUUGUAAAAGCCUAUAUAUAAAUAAAGUGUGCAGUGGUAAAAGAGACAACAUCUUCAUGCUCUGAUCAUUUUGUCAAUACAUUGCCAGCCUACAGUGGUGAAGUUCUUUUUAUGUUGGAGAGCUACACUGAGACCAGAGACACAGUGGAAUAUAAUAUAACGUCUCGAGCAAGACCAGCACUCAUGGUUUCUAGCUUCAGAUAACUGAAAGAAGCAGAGUGACAAAGUUCUUCGCUUCAUCAUUUUCUUGUCAUAGUGGGGGUUGUUUUUUUUCAUUUGUAUAUUUACCCCAUGAUUUAUUCAUCUCUCAUAAGGUCACAGGAGAAAAGGGGGAAGGGUUUGGAAAUUCAGGUACUGCUUCAAGAUAUUAGAAUUUACAUGUGUGAAAAAAAAAAAGCCCAGGGAUUAUUCAUUCUUCUCCAUUUGUCUAUCUUGAUAUAUUUGAAUCUCGUUAUAUUCUGUGCAGUAUGGCAGGUAGGGAAUGUCUAUGAAAGUAAGAAUCAAAAUUAGUAGAUAUUGUAGUUCUUUAGCUUUUGUCACUAAUUUUUUUAUUUUUUUGGUCAUGAGUAGAACAAUGUGUACAAAUCACAUAGUACAAUGACUGUUUGAAAGGCACCAGGAGGAGAGAUUCAUGAUGAUAAACUUGUCAUUUUGAAUAUUAAAAAUGUAUUAAGAUGGGGGGGACUCAGUCCAGCAGUGUUGUACCAGGAUUUCAUUCUUUAUAUGAUUUUAUGAAGAACGAAUAUGUUUUUUUGUUUUGUUUGUUUUUGUUUUUAAUUUGAGAUAAAGGCUUUUCAGGUCUUGCUCUCUCUGGAAACUGAAGAAGCCAAAAAAGACAGUGAUAUACCAUUAAAAAGUAUCUAAGAGAACUUGUCCUGAAGGGCGACCCGAAAAGACUAGGAUAGUAAUGUAGUUUUAAAAAAAAAUGUCCUAACAGCGAAAUGAGUGGCAAACCAUGACUGCCAAUGUCUGUUUCAGAUCUGAAACUUCAUGGUGAAGAGGAGAAUAGUUUUCUAUUGAUGACUGAUAUUGACUGACAAUACAGCUCUCAUGGAAAUUAAAUUAACAACUUCAGUGACAAAGUUGCACGGUGUGGGUACCUCAUCGUUGGUGCAUUAUUGUUGUAAGCUAGUCCUGACAGAAGACAACUUGUGUCAUAAAUGAUAAAUAAUUGUUUGCUCGUCAGGCCUUUAGCUUUGGGUGGAAUUUGUUUUGUAUGACUUCUUUCCAGAUUGCUUGGUUUGUUGGGACUCUCAGUUUGAGAGAAAGUGAAAGUGGAAGCGUUACAACAGAAGUACUAUUCAGAUAGUUUGUAGCUUAAACUGGCAACCUUUACAUUUUCUAACCUGAUGUUUAGGUAGCUUUACUGCAGCACGGAUAGUUUUCUCCCUCCACAUAGCUCAUGGAUUGUUGGUCUCUGUAACUUGCAAAAAUCAGUUCACAUGUUAUCAUUUCAUCCCACUUGAGUAAAUUUCUUCUGAGUUUGUGCAAAGUGGUGGUUGAGUGAAACAAUCUGUUACGCUUGAAGUUUGAGUAAUUGUAGUCUAAAUGGUUGCAAUCUUUUCAAGACUCGGUGACGAUCACAAAUGGAAAAAAUUAUGACCAGAGAUUAAAGAUAGAAAAUUUGAGAAUUUGUGUCUACCCCACUUUGCAAAAGAUGAGGAUGAUCUAUGCCAGCAUUAGUAUGCAUGAAACCGUUACAUUCCACUGUUUGUAUGAAAGUAAUCAUGGCACAUCUUUUAUCUCUUCUGCUCCAGAAUGUUUAUUUUCGGGUUCCUCUUCACAUAACUUGCAUUAGUUGCAAUGUAAGAGCAUUUUCUUGUCUGUUAACUAUUGUCUGUCUACCUUUGAGUAAAUUCUGCUUCCAGUCUGAACUUACUAAGUCUUUUGAUAGUGAUAGUCUCUUGAAACAAUGUUCACUUCUUUUUUUUUUUUUUUUUUCAAACACAUCUUUUAUUUGCUCAUGAGGAGACACUGGUUGUUAAUUCAGUUCCAGGUACGUCUUGUUUGUUUGCACAAAUUGUUUUCUCCAAUCUCAGUUUGUUGUGUUGGUACAUAUCCAGGCUCUGUGCUUGCUGGUAUCCUGAUUUGCUCAUCUGAUGUUUUUAUAUUUUUCUCUGGAAUGAAUAAAUUCACCUUGAGUAUUGAAUUAAGCACUGGCUUGACUAGAAGAAGCAUAAUUAAUUAUUACUAUGACAAGACCAUUGCUAUUGUCAGGUCCUCUGGCUUUGGGUUGUUUUUUUUUGUUUUUUAAAAUUUCUUCUGAAUUCUGUGGAAUUGUGUGGGCGACUUGGUGUAAAUUGCUGGGUGCCUCCCAUGAAGUAGUAAUUUAGUGCAAAGAAAAUGCAACAUAUAAUUGAAAGUAGAUAGUACUGAGAUGUGUUGAAGAAGGUUUUUUUCUUUUGGUUUGUUAUUGAUGUGAGAGUGUAGGUUAGAUUUUUUGUUUCGUUUUGUUUAAAGGCUGAAAAGUACUUUAAAUGAGACACUUGUGUAGAAAAUUUGUCCUUUCAUUUGGUGUACAUAUAAUUAUUAUCAAAUGUUAAAUAAACAAUUUUUCAUACACACUUCAAAA